AGGACUCCAUAACAAGAGUGUUUGGUCUUGGAUGGAUGGCUGGAUGGAUGGAUGGAUGGAUAGAGGAGGAAUCUUUCAAAAUCACACACAGAUCUCACUUCCGUUCAACGAUGCUAGAAGUUUCUUCCCACCUCCUGGCUCUAAGAGUCAUCAUUUCUUGCGUAGGCCUUACGGGUAAUGUUUAUCUCAUCUUCUUCAUCAUUCAGACCAGGGUCUCCUCGGUCAAGACGUUUGAGUUGUUUCUUUUGGGACUGGCCACGGCCAACCUGGAGGAAAUUGUCAUCGUCAACAUCUACGACAUUGUCAUUCUUCAGAAGUCUUACGUCGUCUCCGAUGCAUGGUUGUGCCGCUCGCUGAAGUUCUUGACAGUGUUCGGGGAAAUGGGCAGCAUCUUGUUCACCGUCCUCAUCAGCGUCUACCGCUACCAGAAGCUGAGAGAUGCCGUCAAAAGGGUCAACCUUCCCAUCUACCUGGAUAACAUCCAUGCCGCUUGGACGACAAUUUGGCUUUGCCUUGGUAUCUCCAUCCUCCUGAGUUCCCCCAUUUUUGUCAUGAACUUGCAAGGCCCGACGAGGAAUCUCAUGGGAAACCAUACAUGGAAUCCCACAGGUUGCUCGCCGGACUUCUUUCUAUGUAGCAGCAACCACUGUCCGACAGUCAACCGCCUAUACAAGUACACCUUCAUCCUGUUGUGCUACCUGCUGCCUCUGGCCGUUGUCACGGUUACAAGUUCCCUCAUUGUCGUUGUGUUGCUCGGCCCGAGGACAGCAGUGAAACCCAUCGGUAGUGUAAGUGGCUCGGACCAGAUUGAGAGAAAGCGUAACGUUCGAAGGCUCCACCGGAGCACCAUUGCCGUCCUGGCAGCAAUGGUGUUGUUUCUGGUCGACUGGACUCUCUAUUUGUUUUUUCAAAUGACUUUCAACGCCACUGACUUUCCCUUUUGGGUGGAACUGGAGUUCUUUAUUUCGACAUCUUACACAUCCAUCAGUCCCUACGUGUUUGGGCUAGGAAAAAGUUUGUUCACUAUCAAGAACUUGUGUAAAAAGUAG